AUGGCUCGCCUUCGCCCCUUCGGCCGUGGCGCCCUCUCCAAGGUUGGCUUCAUCUGCCUGUCGCUCUUUGUCCUGAUCGCGGCCUCCUCGACCCGGACCACCAAUGCCAAGGAGGAAAUCUUCCUGCGCGAGCUCAUCUCCAACGCCUCGGACGCCCUGGAUAAGAUCCGCCUGCUCAACCUCAAGGGCGCGCAGUCGAUCGACGCGGCGCCGGAGUUCAACAUCACCAUCCGCGCGGACCCGGAGAACAACGUCCUGCACAUCACCGACACCGGUAUCGGCAUGACCAAGGACGACCUCAUCAAGCACCUGGGCACCAUCGCCAAGUCCGGCACCGCCGAGUUCAUCGAGCAGUUCGCUAAGUCCAAUGACCAGGCCAACCUCAUCGGCCAGUUCGGUGUCGGCUUCUAUUCGUCUUUCCUGAUCGCCGACUCGGUGGAGGUGACCACCAAGCACAACGACGACCCGGUGCAGCAUGUCUGGACCUCGGACUCCACCAGCGGCUACAGCAUCCGCCCGGAUGCGUCGGCCGAGGUGGCCCCCCUGGGCCGUGGUACGCGCAUCUCCCUGCACCUGCGCGAGGAUGCGCGCGCCUUCCUCGAGGAGGCCACCCUGCGCGACCUUGUGGCCAAGUACUCGGAGUUCGUCCACUACCCCAUCUACCUGUGGACCACUCGCGAGGAGAAGCCCGAGGAGGGCGAUGCCGCGGCCACCGACGCCGAGGCCAAGCCCGAGGCCGAGGUCACCGAGAAGGCCGAGGAGGAGGAGCAGGAGGAUGCCGAGCUGGACCCCAUGUUCGAUGCCGAUGCCGAGAAGUCCGAGCCGGCCAAGAAGACCGUCAGCUCGUACGAGCGUCUGAACAUCAGCAAGCCCAUCUGGACUCGCGCCCCGGCCGACGUGUCGGAGGAGGAGUACAACGAGUUCUACAAGGCCUUCACCAAGGACUCCUUCACCCCGAUGGGGCACAUCCACUUCUCGGGCGAGGGUGAGGUUGACUUCAAGUCGCUGCUCUACGUCCCGGACCAGGCCCCCUCUGAGCUCUACUCUCCGGAGGGUCUGCCCAGCGCCAUCAAGCUCUUCGUUCGCCGUGUCUUCAUCACCGACGAGAUCACCGACCUCCUGCCCCGUUACCUGCGCUUCGUGCGCGGUGUUGUCGAUGCUGACGACCUGCCGCUCAACGUCUCGCGCGAGACCCUGCAGCACUCGCGCCUGAUGCGCCUCAUCCGCCAGCGCCUCACGCGCAAGUCCCUCGACCUCUUCCGGACCCUGGUCGAGAAUGAGAAGACCUCCGAGAAGUUCAUCAAGGAGUACUCCAACGCCAUCAAGGCCGGUAUCCUGGAGGAUCAGUCCAACCGCAAGCGCCUGGCCAAGCUCCUUCGCUUCAAGACCUCCUCCUCCGAUGGCAAGUGGCGCUCGCUUGAGGACUACGUCAAGGACAUGAAGGAGAAGCAGACCAAGAUCUUCUUCCUGGCCGGUUCCUCCAUGGAGGAGAUCAAGAACUCGCCCCUGCUGGAGCGUCUGGUGGAGCGCGGCUACGAGGUCCUCAUGCUGCCGGAGCCCAUCGACGAGUAUGCCGUGUCCAACCUGCACGAGUUCGAGGGUCACAGCUUCCAAAACAUCGCCAAGGACGACCUGGUCUUCGGUGACGAGGAUGACGCCUCGCGGACCGCGGAGAAGCAGCUCGAGGCCGACUUCGCCGGGCUGACCACCUUCCUGGGGCUCAUCCUCAACGAUGAGGUGGAGAAGGUCCGCAUCAGCAACCGCCUGACCAACUCCCCCUGUGCCCUGGUGGCCAGCAACUUCGGCCUCACUGGCAACAUGGAGCGCAUUGUGCGCGCCCAGCAGGCCGGCGGUGCCGGCUCCGCGCAGGACCCCCUGCAGCAGUUCUUCCUCUCGCAGAAGCGCAUCUUCGAGAUCAACCCCCGGCACCCGAUCAUUGUGGCCAUGCGUGAGCGCUACCGCCAGCGCAUUGAGAAUGCCCCGACCGCCGCCCCGGAGCAGGGCUCCGGCGCCUCCGUCACCCAGAUGGACACCGGCGACAUUGUGGCCGCCGCGCGUGUGCUCUACGACGCGGCUGCCCUCCGGUCGGGCUACGCUCUCAAGGACACGGCCGGCUUCGCCAGCCGCCUGGAGCGCAUUGUCCACGCUUCGCUGACCGCGGCCGCUGGCGAGACCGAUCCCCUGACCUACAUGCAGGAGACCGUUGUUGUUGGCACCGACGGCGAGGAGCCCACCUUCGCCUCGGACUUCCGCAGUGAGCUCUAA